AUUCCACCCAAGGAAUGGAAAGCCAGACAGUCCUACGAUGAUGUCAAUGACAUGGUGAUAGCCACUCCCCUCCAGCAGGUGGCGUCUGGGCGAGCAGGCGUGUUCAUUCAAUACCACAAAAAGAAGAGGGCCAUGACAGUGGGCGAGUAUCGCCUGCUGGCAAACAGUGGACAGUACCAGACUCCACCACACUUGGACUUUGAGGAUCUGGAGCGGAAAUACUGGAAAACGCGCCUGUACGACUCGCCCAUAUAUGGCGCUGACAUCAGUGGCUCCUUAUUUGAUGCCAACACUAAACAAUGGAACCUUGGCCACCUGGGAACCAUCCAGGACCUGCUGGAGCAGGAGUGUGGGGUAGUCAUCGAAGGCGUCAACACCCCCUACCUGUACUUUGGCAUGUGGAAGACCACCUUCGCUUGGCACACGGAGGACAUGGACCUUUACAGCAUCAACUAC